AUGAAACCUCUAAUGCUGCAAGGGCACGAACGUGCAAUAACACAAAUUAAAUACAAUCGUGAAGGAGAUUUGCUAUUUUCCGCUGCAAAAGAUUCCAAGCCUAAUGUUUGGUGGUCACUUAAUGGUGAGCGCUUGGGUACUUUUAAUGGGCACGGUGGAGUGGUAUGGUGCCUUGAUGUUGAUUGGCAGAGUAUUCAUCUGAUCACUGGGGGUGGUGACAGCUCGUGCAGACUUUGGGAUCUGGAAACUGGAAAAAACAUAGCUACAAUAAAAACAAAUUCUUCAGUACGCACAUGUAACUUCAGCUACAGUGCCUACCAAGCUGCCUACAGUACUGAUAAAGCUAUGGGUCAUCCUUGCGAGGUAUUUAUCAUUGACACUAGAACUAUUGAUGAUUCAAUCUCAUCUGCAUCAUCAAUUUUAAAAUGGGAAAUCACAGACUCCAAAGUGACUUCUAUGAUUUGGGGAACACUUGAUGAGACAAUAAUUACUGGACAUGAAGCUGGUGAUUUAAUCCAAUGGGAUUUAAGAACUGGAAAGAAAAUACACUCAAUUAAAGAACACAGUCGUCAAAUAAAUGACAUGCAGCUAUCCAGAGAUGGUACUAUGUUUAUUACAGCUUCUAAGGACCAAACUGCAAAGUUAUUUGACACAAGCUCUUUAGAAUUAUUGAAAGAAUAUAAAACAGAACGUCCAGUAAACUCAGCAGCCCUUAGUCCAAUAUUAGAUCAUGUUGUGCUUGGUGGAGGUCAAGAUGCUAUGGAAGUAACAACAACCUCUACAAGACAGGGUAAAUUUGAUGCUCGCUUUUUCCAUCUUGUUUUUGAAGAAGAGUUUGGAAGAGUCAAGGGACACUUUGGGCCCAUUAACAGUUUGGCAUUCCACCCGGAUGGUCGAAGUUAUGCAUCUGGUGGAGAAGAUGGUUAUGUGCGAGUGCAGAGUUUUGACCAAGCCUAUUUCGAUUAUACUUUUGAUUAUAAUAGAGACUAA